GACAAGGCAUGCUCGAUUAGGCUUUGGCUGGCAGAGAAGAGAAGCAGGAAGGGCGGAGUGGGAGAGAGAGAGCGAAGCGAAGACAACAUCCAUGACUAUGGGGAGUUCCGUUGGAUCUAGCGUCGUCGUUCCACGGAACUUUAGAUUACUCGAAGAACUUGAACGUGGGGAGAAGGGAAUUGGCGAUGGAACGGUGAGCUAUGGGAUGGACGAUGGAGAUGACAUCUACAUGCGGUCCUGGACAGGCACCAUAAUUGGACCUCGUAAUUCUGUUCAUGAAGGCCAAAUCUAUCAGCUGAAGUUGUUCUGUGAUAAGGACUACCCUGAGAAACCUCCCAGCGUCCGGUUCCACACACGGAUAAAUAUGGCUUGUGUUAAUCCUGAGACUGGAGUGGUGGAGCCAAAGAAGUUUGGUUUGUUGGCUAAUUGGCAUAAAGAGAGUACAAUGGAGGAUAUAUUAACUCAAUUGAAAAAGGAAAUGGCUGCUCCCCAUAAUCGCAAGGUUGUGCAGCCGCCAGAAGGUACUUUCUUCUAGAAUUGGUGGGCAUUAACUAUUUGCGCCAUUCCUGAAGUGUGCAUCUGUGUGCUACUUUACUCCUUGAAAGCGUUGAAUGUAAAAGAAUAAGAUGUUUUUGAGUAUUUAAUAUCUAUUUAUAAGCUAGAAACAAGCAAUGGCUGUUUAUAUGAAAUUCCUUGCCCCUAUACUUCUAAUCUCAAGAUUUGAUUUUGUUUCUUCCUCCUUUGCCAU